CAAAAUUUAUCAUUAUUGCAUGUAGUUAGAGCUUAAAAUAGUUUACGAUGAUUUUAUCAAUCUUGAUAAAAACAACGUUGUAUUUCUAUUGACAUUUGGAAAUUGUAGUGUUUUAGGGACGUAGUGUUAAGUUGAUUUCACUGAUAUUUUCAAUUAUUUAUAUUUUUCUUCGUUCUAAUGUAACUAAAUUAGGGUCCUGCAACUGUAGAAACUUAAAAACACAAUGGCAUUAAGAAUUGGUGGGUGGUUUGGUUUAAUUUCCGUGAUAGUGAUUGGGUUGUUUGGAUUCGGAUGGUAUUUAACAAUUCUUUCGUUUUUGGUCUCGUUUCUGGCAGGUAUAUUUACCAUCCUUUACUUAAAUUAUGACGACAAGAAAAUCUUCAAUGUAGACAUAAAUUGCCUGGAUGACCCACUGCAGCGAACAAAUUAUUCCAUUCAGUCCCCAAAGAUCCUAGAGCUAUUCAAAUCCAAUCAACCUUUGCCAAAAUUUGACCAGCGCAUUACUGGCAGUGAUACAGUGGACUCGUUCCUGAAUGAAAUCAUCACUAUCAUCAUAAACGACUAUGUGACCACAUGGUACGGCAUCUUGACUGAUGAUGAAGAGUUCACAAGCCAUUCAAUCAAAAAAUUGGUGAUUUCUACAAGCGCUAAUGUAGCCAAUAGAGUAAAAAGCGUGGACUGGAUCCACCUCCUCUCGACAAAAUUUCCCGAAGAACUAACUAUGCACCUAAAAUUAUUCAAACAGUCGAGAGUGAGGUUGAAGCACAUAGAUCUAGUAGCUGCUAAAGAGGUCAACGGCAACGGCAAACCUAGUCCAAAGAAGGAGGAAAAGAAGACGCAUAGGAGGAAUAAGAGUGACACAGAUUUGUCCUGGCCCCCAGAUACUCAAACAUUUGGAAAGUCCAAGUUUUACGAUAGCUCCGAAGAUUUAAGUGGGAAAUCAUUGACCGACCUGUUCUUCGAUUUGGAAACGUCUAUAGAGAACAGACAGCUCUGCCGGGACGCUUUUUGCACCGAUCCUAAAAAGGAAUAUGCAUUACUAUGCGAAGUGUCCGAAGCCGUGAUCUACCUAGUAGCCCCCGAGGAAGUGUGGAAAUGCCACGCCUUGAAGCUGUUACUCAUUGAUCUACUGUCCUCGGUGGUUCUGCGACCUGUGGUGGCGCUGCUCAGUGAUCCGGACAACAUCAACAGAGCCAUUAUUAGGACGUGUUGUCGUGACGGGGUUCUGCCGUCAGAGCAGUUCCUCACAGUGAUACGGUGCUGCGGCGAUGCUGAGGAACUGGAUGCCACGCUGGAGAUGGUGCAGAAAGACAUACAGAAACUUCAUUCGAGAGAUAGUGCCGGAGAGUGGGAACUGCAAGAUCGGCAGAAGCUUUCUUCACUGCAAUACCUCACUAGGAUCAUACAAGCCCGGAAAGCUACUUUAGGUCCUCAAGGAACCAGCAGCGCCACAGAAGUGAAAUUGUCCGAAGAAGUGAUUAGAUCCGAGAAAUUUCUGCGGGCGCAAGAGAACUGGAGGUCUCAAGCGCAGUACACAUUAGACAUUGAACUCAAUGAAGCAGUUACUCUAUUUCGGAGGAUGUCAACAUUAUCAAGCAGAGAUUCGACACAGUCCUCUAAAGUAGUGAUCGACAAGCUUCGGUCAUCCGCCUUAGAAGUUUGCGACACAUACUUGUCUCCGAGCCGAGUGAGCGUUUUGGGUCUCCCGGACAACUGUUACGCGGAACUGGUCAGAAAGAUCAAUACGGAGGGAGAGGAGUUUACGAACAACCCCGUAAUAUGCUUCGAUGAAGUGUACAAAUGCGUUUGGGAUGCUCUUCAGGACGAUUAUUCUUGGCAAUUGUAUUGCAUGACGAACGGAGAACAGGACUCAACUGCUAACAGUGAAAUCAAAAAAGAUGACAAAGACACCAAGAAAUAUAGCGGAGUAGACACGUUACCAGUGCCUGGUGCAAGACACAACCGAUCACGGUCUGAUAUUGUGGGGAAUUUGGCUCAAAAAAUGAUCAACGAAGGCGCAGGACCGUCAAAUUUGACUUCUCCCAACACAAGCAAUAUGUCGCUGUCUCACUCAAACAUCAGUCAAAACGCAAAGAAUCUCACUUCUCCAUUGCAAGCGUCAAUCAUUGAAACAGCUCUGAUGCAGGACAAAGGGAAGACAAUUGGUAUCUACGCUAUAGCAGUGACGAGAGUGUCGGAUAACGAGAAAUGGCACAUUUAUAGGAGAUACAGCGACUUUUAUGACUUACAUUCAUCGAUUAAAGAUAAGUGGCCUGAAUUAGGCCACCUCCCUUUCCCUGCGAAAAAGACGUUUCAAAACACCUCCCGCGCCGUCCUGGAAACCAGGAAACGGAUGCUUAACAACUACCUGAUGAAUCUAGCGAACCUCGCAAGGGAAGCGCGUUAUAUGGCGCUCUGGUCACCGGAUUAUCUAGGAGGGUUCCUAAGCCAGGAGAUACAGACUGGAAAGACUAGUAAUAUGUUCGAUGCCCUGUUUGUGAAUUCAAUAAAGGCUGGUGUGAGGACCUUAAAGAAUAUGCCUGACCAGUUUGCCAAUACAGUCGAUGGAGUUAUGGAUGGUAUAUCAAAGGUGUUCCAAAGCAAAGGAAGUGACAGUUGCGAGGACCUUAGAUACGCCAAUUCUUCGGAUAGUCAAGAUGAGGGUGACGAGAGCGCAGCGCUGCGCCUGCUGGAGGAGGUGUUAGGCAUACGGGGGCUGUGGCUGCGGAGGAAACUGCUCGCGCCCUUGCGCACACUCAUCGCAGACCGAGUCAACAAAAAGGUGUUUGAUUUAGUCUCCUCGCUGACUUCGCCCCGGAACGUCGUUCAAUAUCUUAAGACAUUUAAACAAUGGCUGACGAGCCGCAACAACCCGCAGGGCGGUAACCGCGAUGCCGCCACUAAGGCCAGGACCAGAGUUGCUGCCAAAGUCGCCCUCUUAGCCGCUUCAUCAGAUGAGCUGAAACACAUCGUUGGUUCAGACGCGGCCAGACGGGGCCUACUUACAGUCUUCGAUCUAUUCCAAAAUGAAGAGAUCAACAAGAGGCUUAUAUUCGUGCUACUUGAAGCUACACUGGCGAACUUGUUCCCAGACAACGAAUUCCCUGAACUGUUCAAGAAACUAUACUCUAACUCACCGAGAGUGCCUGCCUCUAAGAAAAAUGUUAGUACUUAGAUUAAAUUAAUAAAAAAAUACAUCGUAUUUAAAGUGAAGGGUCCAGCUGGUCCGAUCUGUUCAAAAUGCCGCGUGCCAAGUAAUUGACUGUAAUUGAUAUGUUAUUUAAAAUGGCGGUAUGUUGUGCCCUAAAAUGUUCAAGAUGAUUAGACAAAAUAUUUUGUACUGACUGUCGCAUGUACAGUCGCCAUCAGAUAUAUCGGAGCGGCCAAGGUGCUCACAAAUAUCUGAACACGCCUCUAUUGUCAGGGCGUUAGAGUGCGUGUUCAGAUAUUGUGAACACCUUGGCCGCUCCGAUAUAUCUGAUGGCGACUGUACAGUGAGCUGCAAAAUUGCAUGGACACAUUAUGAAUGGCAUCUUUGCAGCAGCACGAUAAAAAACCAUACUACAGCGAAACAUGUUAAUUUCUAAGCGUCAAGUAUACCCCACAACUCGGAGUAAUUAACAACGGAGACGCCAUGUCUAAAAUUUUCGGUACAAAAUAGUCUGCCGUUUUUUGCGGGGGAGGGGCACAUCAAAUGUAUAGGUACGUCAUGUCAGAUAAACGUCAGUCCAUACAUAUGGUUGACCAUUGGCCGCCUAUUUUCGACAGAGGGGAACGCCUGUUAAUGGCGGCUCCAUUGUUAAUUACUCCGAGCCCCACAACGAUGUUAAAGCAUCUUAAUACAAAUUGCUAAAUCACUAUACCUACCUAUAUAAUUUAAGAAAAUAUAAAUUCAACUUAAUUAUAUUCGUUUACAGCGCAUGGUCUACGUUGAACAGUUGCGUUUGAUAUACUCCGUCGAAACUUUGGAAAAAUAAAUUAACGGCUAAAAAAACUUUUUAAAUUGAAUGAACAGUGAAUCUACCGCAUGUUUUUUUCACACAAAAUCAUAUUUCAUUUAGUUAAAAGAUUCCAUCCUUUAUGUAUAGGCUAGUAAUACUUAUAAAAAAUAUACAUAUGUAUACAUAUUUAACUAAAGGACUACAUUGCACCGUGAUUGAAGUAUUAUUCAUAUUUAAUGAAAAAUAAACAAUUAGAGUAUUGGAAAUUAUAAUGUGAUAAAUUAGAAAAAUUUACAUACUUACCUAAAUACUUGUACAAAAAAGCUUUUUACUAUUGUUGUAAUAUUUACAUAUUGUAGUAAAGUUUUGAGAUUACUUCGCAAUUUAUACUAUAAUUGUAUAUAAUUUAGGUUGUCUUGGUAAAAAUAUCAAACUUUUGCUUUGUAUUGUGAAAGACUAUAAAAAUACUUGAAUAGUCCGAGAGCCAAUCGUGUGGAAUUUAAAUUCACAACAUUCAAUGAGAUUAUUCAUUUACCACUGAGCUAUUCACGUUUAUUUUAUAACAUACUGACAGUGACAGUUAACGGAAUGUAGCGUGAAAGUUUGUUAAAUAAUGUACUUUAUUGACAAAGCAUUUUUGAAACAAGUACAUACUUAUACUCUAAUUAGGAAUCUGGAGGAAAUUGCUGCGAGCGCUUUUUUUUAAAUACUAGUUGGCAUCUUGGAAAACAUUGUAUACACGCACUUCAUGUUUAACAUUUACCACAGACAACUGAACUAAUAGACGUACAAAGUAAAAAGAAAGGUGCCGUAAUGUGCCACGUUGUCAUAGAUUUUAUUGGCUUUGUGAGAGAGUUAUUUCGAUAAAUUCUCUUCUGCUUACCAGCAUGACUAUUUGUUGGGGUUAUCUGUGUUAUAAGCAUUACAUUAUAAGCAAUUAUUAGUCUGGAGGGGUGCCAUGUGACGGUUAAAAUCUUAUAAUUUUACUUUUAUUUUAAGUUUUGUUUCUUUUACUCAUGUACCUAUAUUUAAAAGAGGUUAUACAGGUUUUAUGGUUGCUGGUCUGAUAAGAUACUUUUAGUUCAAUUGAAAGCAAUAAAAUAAUCAGCACAUAUCAUGUAAGGUUAGGUAAUUUCCGUGUUGUCUUCGUUACUAUAAUGUUAAUAGUAUUAUAUUUUUUAUAGCUGGAUACAUUCCACUUGUUUAACUUAUUUAAAUUUUAUAAAUAGCCGAAUGUUAGUGUAAUAUAGUUACGUGCCUAUUUAUUGAUUUGAAAUAAAAUGUUUCAACUUGAAGGA